UCCGGCGGGCAGUGGGUGCCGGGUAAUGGCGCGCAUGUGUGCUGUGUGAAGUGUCCGGUAAUGGCGGACAGAGCGAGAGGAGAAUGGCGGAGAAUGAGACGGAAUUAAAGCCGCCGCCGCCGCCGCCAUGUCUCCCGCACACAAGCGGUCUUUGAUAACGUGGGUGGCGGGGUUGAGCUUCGCUUUAUUGCUUUCCUUCUACAUCUUGGGUUGGUACUUGCUGGGCCUGCUGGCCGUGGCAUCCGUUUGGGUUUAUUAUUAUUAUUAUUCUCCGCCAGGCGUAGUGGGCCUCAGGCCCGGGCCGCAAUUUCAUCCAAGUCGCAUCAAGGCGUUGAUUCUCGGGACGCGUUGGAUCGAGGUGGUGCACAACAAAUUAAACGGUGGGAGCAGUCAGUGGAAGGGGAGAGGUCGGAGUGCCAGAGGCAGGCCGCAGCAUCCCGGCAAGACGUCGGGUAACAGCUGGAAGUGGGAGGUGAACUGCGAGGAGCACAAACCGCUGAUGACAGCGAACGAGCGGAGUCCGGCCGACCUCAUGAUGGGCAGCUACCUGUCGACCGAAAACCCGGCGCAGACCACGUUCUGCAGUCAGGAAGUGAAAAGACGCUACAAUCGGCCGAGUGCCCUCCCAUCCCCAACCAGGAGAUUGUCUUUCGGGGAACAUCAAGCUAUGGUAAACAAAUUCACAGUGACCCCUCGCCGUCGGUAUCCUAUCCAUCAGCCCCAGUAUUCAGUACCUGGAACCCUUCCAACUGUUCGAUGGGAUGGCUACCAGAAGAAAAAUAUUCUGUCCUCCAGAAACUCUAUUAUGGUACAUAGUCCAGUGACUGUUAAAAUUGCACGACCUGACGCAAGUAUAAUUCAUUCACCACUAUUAGACCAUAUGAUGUCCCCUGCUGUGUCUCCUUUGAUUGACCCCUGCUCAAAAACAACUGUGCUUAAUGCAUUGAAAGAAAGUCGGAAGAGAAUGGUGGAAGAUGAUCCUGAAAGAUCUUUGAUCUCCGAACAUGAGAAUAAGCGCAGGCGUCACGACAGUAGUGGAAGUGGUCAUUCGGCAUUUGAACCCUUGUUGGCCAAUGGAGCUCCAGCUUCGUUAGUUCCAAAACCUGGAACGCUAAAGAGAGGCACCAAUUCCCAGUGUUCAGAUGACCCCAUCUCCAAGAGAUCACGAACAUCCUCCAUUAGUUCAUUGAACAGCAUUUGUGUGGGUGGAAAACUGAGUUCUGUUCGCAAUCCCAUUUUCAGUUCUUACAGUUCCACCCGGGGACAAAUCCAGGGCUUGAGGAACUAUCUCUCUGCACGAAACACAACUCCACUCCCUAGCCCUGCAUCUUCACGAUCUGAAACUCCUGAGAGAUCAGGCAAGAAAAUAAGAGAGGAGGAAAUACAAAGAUCAAAUUCCUCUACCCCAGUUAGAGUGGACAGGACAGAAAAAGACCAGGCGAUCGAAGACGAAACUGUAACUCCACUGUCAAAAUUGUCACCUUCAACAGUAGAUUCUUCUCCCAUGGAAGGUGAUGGAAAACGGAAACGGAAAAUUCCUCUCCUAACGAAACGCAAAGGAGAUCAGCUUACUCUGCAUCCUCCAUUAGAACUUGGAUACACUAUUACUGCAGAUGACAUGGACUCUGAAAAGAAAGCACGUCUUGACAGGAUUAAAAAAGUGUUGCAGGAGAAAGACGAGCCUUCAAAGUCUUUGGAGCCUUUGAUGAUAGCGCCCUCAGUGCCAUUAUUUACUACUCCCAUCGUGGAAAGCUCUGCUGGCUCAACACCCAUUUCCACCUCCAUUUCUGCCAUCGUCUCCAACCCCUUGCUGGACAGUUUGAAGAUGAUGCAGGAGCACACAAGCUUUACAGCCACUUCAGAUUCUGUUAAUGGAAUGAAUCCAAGUAAAAUGGAUAAAGCUCCAGAGGUUUCCAAAAAAGCUUUCAUGGGUGAAUUAUUGCUUCCACCUACUCCUACAACUGCUGCCAUGACAAUAACAACUGAUAUUCCAGGAUUUAAGCCAGUUGAUGCUUUGAAAUUCUCAUGCCCCACCAUUACCCAAUCACUUCUAACAUCAAUUAAUAAACCUGCUCCCAAAGCUAUCACCACGACCACAAACUCAUGCCAGGUUUCUGCUGUGGUUAGUGCACAAGAAAGUAAACUUAACAAAGGGCCAGAAAUGAGUGCGUCUGUCUGUACAGGGAAUUCUUCAACUCCAAGCACAAGUUUUGGCCUUUCGGGCACAAUGACUGUAAUCCCAACAGGAAUUAGCACCACGGCAUCUUCAUCUGUCAACAUACCCGAGUUUAAGCCAGUGUUUGGUUUGCCAGUCACGCAGCAGACUACUAUUGCAUCAACAACAUUAAGUUCGAUUAUGUCAAUUACUACACCCAUAAGCUUGGCAGCACCAGUAACAUCUAAUUCUGCAGCCUCGAUCAUUCCAUUCAAGCCUGUGUUCGGAAACUCUGUGACACCUACAACUGCGACGACCACAUCGGCACCGUUUAAUUUUGGCCAGUCAGUUCAAGCGAAGGUUAAUAAUGAAGCCCCUCCUCCCACAACUACAAAAUCAAAUUCAACUAUGUUCCAAUUUGGAGCUUCCAGUGCAUUAACAAGUACAAACAUUGAGACAGAAGUGAAGUCCUCAAACGCUGCAAUUAGUUUUGGCUUAAAUGAAACUGUUUCUGCAAAACAAAAUAUGGCUCCUACUGCAAGCAACAACCUAUCAAGCCAGCAGCAAUUUCAGUUUGGUUCAAACCCGUCAACAACAACAACAACAACGGCGACUACUGCUGCAUCGGGCUCUGUGUUCCAAUUUGGGAAUACUUCUAUAGAUGCCACUGCAACAUCAGCUGGCCCAUCAGUUCCUGUCUUUGGACAGCCAAACGUAGUUACAAGCCAGGCAUCAACAAGCAUUGCUGCUACUUCAAAUUUAUUUGGGAAUUUUACUGCUGCCGUGUCGGCACCUUCAACCACAUCAAGUGUUCAGCUCACACAUACAUUUGGAAACUCAGGAAAGACAUCCCUGUUUAGUAAUGCCACAAGCACACCUCCAUUUGGGGGCAUGACAGCCCAGCUAAACUUUGGCGGCACAAGCAGUCAGUCAUUAUUUGGAGCUAAUGCUGCAGCAACUCAACAAACCCCAACUAAACCCCCUGCCUUUGGCAAUAUUGCAACUCCCUUCAACUUUGGAGCUACGCCUGUCAAACCAACCUUUCAGAAUACUACUUCACAGUCUGCAUUUGGAACUCCGAGCCAGCCAGUGUUCGGAGGUGUUACAGCUCAGUCUGGAUUUGGGCCAACUUCUACACAACCGACUUUUGGUAGCACCUCAGGGGGUUUCCCAUUCGGUACAACCACCUCUUCCACUGCUACUCCAAUGUUCACUGCUACCAAGAGUUCAGGUACUGGUGCAACUGGUUCAAUCUUUGGCUCUGCACAAGGUGUUGGGUUUGGUUCCACAAAUCAGCCAGCCAUAACAACCAGUGGUUUCAGUGUUGCUGCCUCAAAUCCAAAUAUAGCUUCAGCUGGUUUCUUUGUUUCAGGUCAGAGUGCAUUUUGUGCAUCAACCCCUUCCAUCCCAUUUGCUACUUCCACCCCAACAGCAUCAUCAUCAUCUCAAAAUAUGUUUGGGUCCUCAUUGACUAACCAAGGGACACAGAACCAGAGUACUUCACAGUUCAACUUUGGAGCUGCAAACGCAGUUGAGAAUAAGUCUACUUUUGGAGGGUUCAACUUUGGAACUCCCAGUUUGAAUUUUGGAACUGGGACUACGGCACCUGGGUUUGGACAGAGUACUCCAACUGCAAAUUUUUCCUUUGGGACCACUAAUACUCCAGCAUCAAACUUUGGGAGUCCAGGAACAGGCACAGCAGCGGCAUCAGCUUUUGCAGCAACACCGGCCUUUUCUAUAGGAGCUGGAUCUCGAUCUACUGGAGGCAGACAGAGAUUGCAGGCUAGACGGCAGCACAUACGGAAGCGAUAGACAUUUGGAAAUGUGAAUAGUGCAAAUGAACAUUACAUGUUGACUAUUCUGAAACAAUUACCACUUUUUACUUUUGUACCCUAAACAACGCCAGUCGUGGAUGUGCAGGCAACUGACCUCAAAAGAUGACAAUAUAUACUUGAGAAAAAUUCUGUUUAAAUUUACGUCUUUUUUUCUGGGCUUGAACUGUCAGAACAAAUGGCUUAUGGCUGCUGAAAAAAAAUUGCUGCAACAAUGCGAGAAGCUCAUUGGACUACAGUGAAGUCCUUGUCUUAAGUUUGUAUACUUUUUUCAAAACUAACCAUUGCAGAAUGGUGAUCUGAGUUUAGUUCAGGGUGCAGCAGUAAUGGUUGACACGUAAGCAACAAACAUAGCUUUACUUGAAAUUUUCUAUUUUAAAGGUUGCUGUAAGAUGCGAUUUGAGAACUUUUCUGGACUGACCCUUUUUUGGUACAUACUGUUGCACUUCCUUUUUUUGGGAGGGGAGGGAGUGGGGGGGAAUCAUUUAAGGGCACAAUUCCUUGCAACCACACCAUUUUUCUGUGGUGUCUGGGUCAAAAGGCAAACUGAACUGGAGGCGGAUGUUAAAUUCUCUUCAUCCUUUUUCCCCUUUCCUUGAAAACACUUAUUCAGUUUGAAUAUUUCUGGCAAGAAAUCUAAAUCUUUCUGUAAUCUUUUUGUUUUUGGGCUAAGAAAUCGUUAACGCCGUUUGAGUUUCUUCUCAACAUCUUUUGCUAAGCAACCUACCUCUCCUUUUUUUUUUGUUCCUGUGAGUGGAUUUUAAGUCUGUUUAGUUGGGUAAGGGAAACAAAACCAAAUUGCUUUCCUUUCCUAACUCCUCUUUCCUCCCUUUCUCUCCCACUCCCCCAAGCUGUCAGUUUUUUUUACAUACAGUAAUGUUAUCAGUGUUUGCUUGUAUAUCUCAUGUCUUUACUCAGUGAAUCGAGUUUGGAGGAAAAAUGUCAAUGUAUGUGUGGCGGCAUGUUAGUAAUGCCGGAUCUGGCUGGUUCAUUGGAUAUAUGUUAAUCUGACUCUUGCUAAUCUGUGAUAGUGUUUUGCUCUAUAAUUGCGUGACACAUUGAGCAGUGUUCUCUGGAGAAAUGGCAGUCAUAACUAGUUUUGGAGGUGGUUCCCACUGUACAGUGUUGGACUCUCAAAAAAAAAAAAAGGAUUUUCAGAAGUCUGGUGCUAUAAUGUUUAAAGAAAAAAUACAAAUUAUUUCAGCUUAUACCAAAAUUUUGGCUGGCAUUGUUGAGAAUUGUACGUGUAUACUAUGUAUAUUUUAAUCGCAACUAGAUAUUUGCAUCUUAUUUUGGGUGCAGCUCUGAAAUGUGCCUAUUUUAAUUUUAUGGAAAAACAAGUUAAUUUUUCAAAUCUUUUUUAAAAAGUGAUUCAUCAACCUUUUUGAAUAAUCUUUAGUGUCUUUAGAUUGAAUUAGAAGAAAUAACCAAGCUGGGUAUAUCUAAUUGCAUCAAAUAGUACUUUCUACAACUGGUGGGAUAUUGUAGAAAGAGUUAUAGAAACUCUUUAUCAACUCUUGCCACAAUAGUCUUGUAUGAGUAGAGCUUCAAAGUUCCAUUUUAACCAGCCCAGAGAUUAUUCUACACUUUGUAUGCCUAGUUUAUUGCUAGGUUAUGACAUCUGAUUAUUAUUUUUUGAAAACUAGAUAUUUAAUUUUAGUAAGUCUUGUUCCAUGAGCAGGGCUUAGUUAUUGGAAACCAGAAUUGUGUCAAGCAACCUGCCUCAUCCCAUCCCUUAAGGCUCCCAAGUUCUGGUGUUCAAAUUUCAGGAUUCGGUGAUUUUCAAAUUAUUCUAUUUCCCCCACUCCCUGAAUUCCAUAAAUAGAUUCCAUUUUUUUGAGGAUGUGUGACCAGACUGCAGGAAGAAGGUUGAUGCAGAAUGUUCGUGGUUGCUCCAGUGAAAUCUGUUCCAAACUCCUGGUGGAUGGAUGACCAUGUGUGAGCUGGAAAAGUAGCACAGGGCACAGAGAGGAAUACAAGUCAAUAUGCCGCACAGAUGGAUCAUUUAACAAGGGCACAAUUCUCACCGUUUUUUGAUGAAAUCACUUGGAAAUGUUAUGUUUGAAAGAAGAGGGUGCUGUCUCCAUGCAGUGAGAAAACUGGAUUCUAUAGCCCCCUCUAUAGUUUAUUUUCCCCAAAAGAUGUGUUUGUCUGACCUGCUGGUCCUCCACCCUACCUCCGUCCCUUCUUCCCAGGGUAUUUUACAUGUUGCAAACAAUAUUUAAUUGGUACGAGUCUUCAUAUUUCCCGUUGAAUAAACAUCCAGUAAUUGAAAAGACCUUGCAUUAGGUCGUUUUAUGAGGUGGUGCAUUCGCUCAUCAUCUCUGGAAUGAGUCUCCUUCCUUCCGUGAAGACAGCUUGUGGGGAACUGCACAUAAUUCAUCAAAUCAAAGGCAACAAUAGAAGGAGAACAAAUGAGGAGAGGGUUUAGGAGGAGGUGGUUGCAGAAGAUGAAAAGUUAAUAUCUCUCUUACAGCACCCGAUCGUUGAUUGGAUAUAUUAUCCAUUAGAAGACACUACGAUCUAAUGACUUAUAAAUUCAUUUUCAGAGAAUGUCUGUAAUAUUUCCAUAUGCAUGAUUUUAAGAUAUUUCUGCUGGUCCCGAGUGGCUAGGCAGAUUGAAGGAUCCUCCUCAUCCCGGUAUAAUGGCUGCCAUUUUGUGACGUCUGAGUAUGAAUGUGUGCGGGUGAUUGGCAACUUCUAAAUUUAGAUAAAAUUGUUUAAAAAAAAAAAAAAGCUAAAUAAAUUUUAUUUUUAUAUUUAAGCAAAAACUGCCUUCUACGUUCCUUCAAGCUUGGUUCAUUGAGACUUAACGCUACACUGGUUAAAUAGUAUGAUACUUCUGAUAAACAAUUGUAUGUACAAAUUGGUUUUUAAAUAUGAACUAUGAAUGAAGUUGGUGUGAGUAUGUUUUGGAAACAAACCAAUGGUGUGUGGAAAAGCAGUUGGGAUACUAUUUUUCUUGCUGAAAGUUGCACAUAGGCUGAUAUACCCACGCCUGUCUUUGGGCCAAAACAAUAUUGAAAAAAUUUGGAUGGCAUUUAAUUACAAACUUUUUUACAUUUUUCUUUUGACAGCUGAUAAGUUUGCUUAAUAUGUAUAUUGAUAGGAUUCAAAAAUCAGCUGUAAUGUUUGUAAUAAAUCUGUUUCCAGAUUUAAAUGCAAAAUGACUGAUCUGAAACGAGGGUUCUCUCUGAUCAUAAUGCAGGGCACUGACACUUGAAGUUUCUGCUGCACGACAGUUAAAAUGAAAAUAAGAUGGAUUAAUCAGUUUUCUUCAUCUGGAGAGAGGGGUAAACUAGAAUUAGCACCAAGCGCAGAGGCGAAUGCUCUUGAGAUUUCUGCUGAGGUAGCAGAACACAGUUGGGUUAGCUUUAUGGAUGCUCAACUACAGAAGGGAAAAUAAAUGACCCAUAUAUUCUAUUUCUAAUCGCUGUCCAUUGAUAUAUACUGGAAAGUGCUCUUUGUCUGGAUACUGUGUAAACGGAAGAACUCUUGGAUGUGAUGCCAAAUUGCCAGGUAGCAAUUAAUCAUCAGGCUUCUGUUUGAAAUGGAAGGAAGUGAACAUUUUUAUUAAAAAAAACAAUUACAUUUUCUUUGGUUGUUAUCUAUUGAUUAUAAAAAGAAUGGUAGUGAAAACGUAACAAUGGUGUCUUUGCCAACAGCUCGUGUUUUCAUUCAGUUACACUGAAUUUAGAUGGCGAAUAAUCUGACUUGUGGAGUCAGUGGAAUCUCGAGUGAUACAUGAUUAGGCACUAAAAUUUUGAAAUUGAACAUCUAUUUGGAACAAAAAAAUCAGACUGCUUCUUUACAAAUAAGAGCACUUUUUUUAUAAACUUCCUUUUGAGAUGCAACUUUCUCCAUUGCUUUGCACUUGGCUAUUUCUCCCAAGAUUUUCUCUUCAGAAAUGUACUCAUGAGGUAAAUGUGUUUUUAGACUCCCCAACCCACCCACAUUUAACUCAUUUUGUUAUUCAGGGCCUUAACUUUAAAUAUAAUGAAGCAGUGUGUUUAAUAGCUAAAUAAAUCAUUUGGUGGUGGUAUCUCUUACAUUAACUAAAAUCUUAGUAUACAAAUCAAUAACAUCUCCAAUUCAUUGUUUAGUAUUUUUUGUUUUAGUUGCUCCCAGCUAGGGGUAGCUAUGCUGCAACCCCAGAGAACCAAGUGAUCGAGACUGUCCUCAUCAUUUUCACAUGCCUUUCCUCGGGCAUGUUUUUGUUGGGUGAAUGAGAAUGGGAUUGCACUCAACUAUGGUUGCUUUGAACUGCUGAUCCUUUCUAGAAUAUGCAAUGUAUUAGUGAUAUGAUGAUCUGUGAAAGACUGCAUCAUGUCAAAAUGUUCUCCAGAGAAGGAAGAAAAAGCUUGAUUUCUAGGUGUGAUUUUGUUGAGGUGAUACUUUCUUGCCAGUUAUGCAUGCUGUAGUCUUAAAUCUGACAAGAUCAAAUGCCUCUUUCUCCAAAUACCCACUUUAUUUAAGCAUUAAAACAGUAGAUUCAAAAGUUUAGAAACACCAAUCUGGGGGGUCAUAUGCUCUUAACAAAAUGGCAUUCAGGAUUUCUUCCCUCCAUUCCUUCAGUUAUUAAGUUGUUAUUCAGAAUUAACAUCUUUAAAAUUAUAAAUGUGUAAAUACAUUUUAUUGCUGCUGAAUAAAUAUGAAGUGGAAGAUACAGCUGACAUUUGUAUUUGGCAGCAAAUAGGUCAUUUCUAAAAAUGAUGAGAUCAUGGGACUAGUAAAUGAUGUGCACUAGAGAAAUUCAAUUUAAUAGAUUAUUUACUUGAUUUAGUUUAUGCCCCUUCCUUUUAACGGCACUUCUGCACAAUUUGUCUUUGGUGAACAAAACAUUCUGAGCCACUGUUCCUUUUGGCUUUGCUUCUUGCCACAGCGACAUACCUGAUAGGUCCAUUCUAAAUUCCUUACAAUGUCACAUGGAAUAUUUUGCUUAACUGAAGACAGCUCAUUACACUAACUUCCUUUCCAUUUACCAGAUUACUUAAAUCAGGGGUAUUAAUGUUUAGUUUUGAUUCACAUAGAUGCAUGCUCAGGAGCUCCUUUACAAUGUGUAAUCAUUUGCAGAUUUGUUCCCAUUCAUUGGCGCAUAUCUCAAAUUGCAAUAGUACAAACCCUUAAUAUGAUUUAGCAUUUCUGCAACAGAGAUAAUUAAUUUUGAAAAGUCAUUUCCAAACUGUCACGGCCAAAUAAUUACAACAAAACAACAAAUGGGUUGGCAGUGGUGGGAUGCCGGGUUUGCUGCAAGCUGUUCACUGGGCUUCUGUUUAAGUCAUUUUGUAGGUCAAUAUAACUGCUUAGUGAAGUAAAUUGAAAGACUUGUGCUAAUUUAUUUCAGUAUCUGAGUUGGUUAUUUGAAUUUGAUGCUGAUAAAAUAGCCUGGAAAGGCCAAAAUUAAGUUAGAACCAAUUUCUCAUUGUAAUCUAUUUUCCAAACAAACGUAUCUUGGGUUUUUUCUAGCUUUUUGAUGGGGAACUUUAAUUCCCAUGGCAACAAACUCAAGUUGAGGUGCAUUGCUUUGUCAAUUAUAGAAAAAUACUGAGCUCGCUCUUUAUAGUUCAAAAUGACUUGGCAUCAUUUUGUACCCAAGUAUCUCCAGUAGAGAAUUAACAAGUGACUCCCAAGUCUUCUACAUAAUGUCUCUUAAGGAGAUAAUGAUCCUUUUAUCCCAAAGUGCAUGUUUUAAUACAGGGAAAAUUGAUCAGAACUAUAAAUAUAAAGUAAGAAUUACUAAAGCAUUGUGAUCUUGUAACAGUGACUAGAUUUCCUUCCCAAAUAGAACAUUUAAUACUCAUGAAAGAUUCUAUCCAAAACUAUCACUCGUAGUUUUGUGCAUGCCUGCAUAAGGUGACAAACAAAGUGAGGUGGAGGAUCUGCUGAAAAUAAAGAGUGGACCAAUCAAUGCACAAUUGAUUAUAGGGAGGUAUCCAUUAAAUACUGAAAACCGCAAUAUAAUCCCAUUGUUUUUAAUAUGGUCCCCUGAAUUGUUCCUCUCACCAAUCAGAUGAACUGCCUGGUCUCUAUCAGUGCUACUCUUCACUCUGAAAUGUAGGUGACAUGGGGCAGUUCAGGCUCAAAUUUUGUUUUCCUUUGGGAAAAGUGAAGAUCCUUUAUUCCCCAUUUGUCUAGCUGUGACUGCAACUUAAGCUCUUGGGUCAGAGGAUGGAAUUUGGCAAAUAACGGAAUACAUUUACAGACUGCUCAGUCUUAAGAAAAUCCUGAUUUAAAGAAACCACUAUCCCACAUCACUUUGGUUGUAAACAGUUGUUAGGACACUAGUUGCAUCGAAGCCUAUUUGUUCCAUUUAGGUCAUGUUCCGUUUAGGUGCAUGGAUUUAUUUUAAUAAAAUUUUGGUCUUUAAUCCAAUAAAUCUGAUUGUCAAUAAAUGAUUAUCAAUUUUUGCCCUAAAUAAUGCAAAUUAAAAUUGCACAAGCAAAUUGCUGGAAUACCGUUUGAUGAUUUCCUUAAUGCCACACUUGCAUUUGUGUUUGCCUUCUGCCAGGCCACUGGAUGGAGAACUUUGGCAGCAAAAAUGCCUUUGGUGAGGAAAUAAAUCACAUCUGUAUGAUAGCUGAUCUAAAGGCCACCAUGACUAACUCAAGAAGGCUGACUAAAUUUAGUUUGGGCAGAUUAUGCAAAACAAAAUUGUCAAAAUACACAUUUAAAUUUUUUUUUUUAAACUGAUAAUUGACAAGUGGGAUGCUUGCAGAUACUUAAAUCUGCAAGCAACCCACAUCACUGCCAAAACUCAAUAAUGGGCUGGGGAGAUGCAGGCAUGUCAUUCUGCGAGUCAUUGCAAAGAUUUAAGCUUCAUUUAGGCAGUGACUUUUGAUAAUUUCUCAAUUGCCUACAUUUCUUAAUUCCCGUUAUCUUCCUUUAAAACGUGUCAUAUCUCCUGUUUAAAGAUAAUGUUUCGUGCUUAAACAUACUGUUUUGACCCAGAAAAGGCUUUUAAGAGUAUCUACCUAUGUACAUCAAGACUAAAUAAACAGCAAGAAAUGCAUUGAUCCCAAUGGCAUGAGUGGUCCCUGAUGACUUUGAAUGGUAACAAACAUGCGAGUGAUGAAUGUUGAUGAGUAAUCCUAGGACGGGUGGAUGUGGAGAUGUUAAUAUGCUUUAAAAACGUUGUAGACUUCUAUCAUUGCAACUUGGGUUGAUAGAACUAGUGAGUGAAUGUGCAGAUGUAAAGCUGGCUGCGAGUGCAAAGAUCUGAUUUUUUUGCUUAUGUCAUUAAAUGGAGAUAGUUUUAAAUAAAAAGCUGUGAUUAUAAA